UGAAAUCCUUACAAUGUUUGCAGCAUUAGAUAAAGCAAGUUUCAUCUUAUUCCUUCAUCACUUUGGGCUUUUCUAGAAACUAAAGCUGAUACACUGUAUGAAAAUCUAAUUCAAAGCAACUUUAAAUUCAACUCACUCAUCUCUCAUAUCAUAUGUAUAAUAAUAUAUCUCAUGGACUUGCCAGAGGUCAGUCUGGUGCAAGACCGACCCCGACUGUUAGCGUCCCUGAAGCCGCCAGUGGAGCGGGGUGGGGAAAAGUACACCAUCUGGGUGAGCACCCUUAAGAGGGAGGUGGCCAACAUUGACGAUCAGAGUGUCCGCAGAUUCUUCUUUUCAUGUCGGAGAAUGUUGGAGUUGUACAACAAAGCGUUGGCCAUCAACGAGGAUUGCCGGACACUGGAUGCACUCAGUUAUCUGGAGAAAGAGAUAGAGGCUCUCUACUCAUCCAGUGUGGUGAUGGAUGUCACUGACCACAAGCUUAAAGAGCUCUUUGAAAAACUAAAGCCUGUUCUCCUUGACGCUGCUCGGAGUCCUGACUGUGUCAACCCAAAGCUGACGUCACUAUGUGUGAUGAUCAUGAAGGCAUUUGAAACCCAGCAGGAUUCUCGCUGUAUGGUGUUUGUGAAGACACGAGACUUGGCGAUGGCCCUGAAGCGCUGGAUGGAGGAUGACCAACAUCUCUCCUACCUCAAGCCAGGCAUGUUCACUGGACAGAAUGCUUCUGCUGACAAAGGAGGUAUGACCAGGAAUGAGCAGGUGGAUGCUGCAGAGCUCUUCAGGAAAGGAAAUCACAAAAUCAUUGUUGCAACGUCCGUGGCGGAGGAAGGCAUGGACUUCAGCAAGUGCAACUUGGUCAUCCGAUAUGAAUAUGUCACCAAUGAGAUUGCCUUGGUACAAGCUAGAGGCCGAGCAAGAGCAGAGGACAGCAAGUUUGUCCUGUUUACCAGCAACCAGCAAGGGGCUGCUGAGAAAGAGGAGCUGAACCUCAUCAGGGAGAUGAUGAUGAAUGAAGCCCUGGUGCGUCUCCAGGCCACCAUAGCAGAAAACCCUCGCCGAUUCCGUUCUGAGAUCCUCCAGCUCCAGAAAGAAGCCAAAUCUGCUCGGGAUCAUGAGGCCAUUAAUCGCAAAGGUCGUUAUCUCAGUGAUGACGAGUUUGAAAUACGAUGUCAGAAAUGUAACCAGUUGGCCUGUUUUUCUACUGACAUCCGCACAAUCAAGGAGACCAACCAUAUUGUCAAUGACCCUGACUUUGGUACCAAGGUCAAUGUCAAACCCCACCCAAAGCCUGGUAAUAUGGGGUUGGAUAUGAAGAAGCACAGUAAAAUCUUUUGCAAGAAAUGUGGAUUGGAUUGGGGAAUUGGUGUAAUUUACAAAAAUGCUGAUUUCCCUGUUAUCAAGAUUGAAAGUUUUGUUGCCAUAGAUACAAUGGGUCGAAGAGACUCUCCGAGGAAAUGGAAAAAUGCUCCUUUUGAGGUGCCUGAGAUUUCCCAUGAUGAAAUGACCAACUACAAACCUUUCAUCGCUUAGAAUGGGAAGAAGUAGCCAAGUGGUUAGAGUGUACACUCAUCACUCAGAAAGUCCUGGUUUGAUUCCCUGCAAGGGUAGGAUAAAUCUAGACUGUUUUUGAUACCCUCCACUAUGAUAUUGCUGGGAUAUUGAUAUAAUUUAAAAUGUUACUGGCACCCAAAACGUUUAAUUCGGUAGUUCAGGCCCAUGAUUAAGUGUUAACUUGACAGAAAACCUAUGUUUGACUCCUGAUGCACAAACACAUAGUUUUCAAAUGGUGUUGCAAAAUACAUGUACAGUAUCACUGAACUCCACUGAAUCUGUGGGCAACAGAAUAUGUGAAGUCCUGGAAUGCUAUACUUCAGGGGCGGAUACAGCUUUUUGAGAAAGGGGUGUGUGUGUGCACACUAUUGAGAAAAGGAGGGGUUUCAAUGAUGAUUUAAUACACUUUCAGGACAAAAUCCACCUAUGUAUUUAUUUAAUGGAGGGUAAAUGAUGAGCAUGCUUUACUUUUCAUUUUCAUGUCUACUAUCGAUAGUGUACCCAGAGACUGAUGUUCACUAACGAAACUUGCCAUCAUUGGGCUGAGGAUAUUUGCAGUACAGUAAUAGUUGGGUCUAGCCGUGAAGAUUUGGGUUAGAAUUGGUUUUCAGUAGCCCGUGCUUGUCGUAAGAGGUGACUAACGGGACAGGGUGGUCAGGCUCGCUGAUUUGGCUGACA